AUGAAGGACAGCAGGGACUCCAAGGACCAGCAACUCAUGGUGGCGCUCCGGGUCCGGCCCAUCAGCGUGGCAGAGCUGGAGGAAGGAGCCACCCUCAUCGCCCAUAAAGUGGAUGAGCAGAUGGUGGUUCUCAUGGACCCAAUGGAGGACCCCGAUGAUAUCCUUCGAGCACACCGUUCCCGGGAAAAGUCCUACCUGUUUGACGUGGCCUUUGACUUCACCGCCACCCAGGAGAUGGUGUAUCAGGCCACCACCAAGAGCCUUAUCGAAGGCGUCAUCUCAGGCUACAACGCCACUGUCUUUGCUUACGGCCCCACAGGCUGUGGGAAAACCUACACCAUGCUGGGAACGGACCGUGAGCCUGGCAUCUACGUUCGGACCCUCAAUGACCUCUUCCGUGCCAUUGAGGAGACCAGCAAUGACAUGGAAUAUGAGGUGUCCAUGUCCUACCUGGAGAUCUACAAUGAGAUGAUCCGGGGACCUGCUGAACUCCCCCGCCCCUGGGGUACCCAGAGCUGGGAGGAGGAUUCCAAAGUCCAGGUGGCUGGAAUCACCAGGUCUCUACCAUCAAUGCCAGCAGGCAAAUCCAUGCAGCUGCUUAGAAGGGGAAACUGACAGAGGACCCAGGAGCCCACAAACCAGGACGUCCUCCUGCCCCACGCUGUGCUCCAGGUGGCCAGCCAGCGCAUGGGUAAAAACGUCCUGCAGGAAGUGCAGGGCUGCCUGUUCACAUGACCUGGCUGGUUUCUGAGUGCUUCCCAGACACAGAACCGUGGGCAGCGCAUGAAGGAGGGGGCGCACAUCAACCGCUCCCUGCUGGCCCUGGGCAACUGCAUCAACGCGCUGAGCGACAAGAGCAGUAACAAGUACAUCAAUUACCGUGACAGCAAGCUCACGCGGCUCCUGAAGGAUUCCCUGGGCGGGAACAGCCGCACCGUGAUGAUCGCCCACAUCAGUCCCGCGAGCAGCGCCUUUGAGGAGUCCCGGAACACCCUGACCUACGCUGGCCGGGCCAAGAACAUCAAGACCAGGGUGAAACAGAAUCUGCUCAACGUCUCCUACCACAUCGCCCAGUACACCAGCAUCAUCGCGGACCUGCGGGGCGAGAUCCAGAGGCUCAAGUGCAAGAUCGAUGAGCAGGGUGGGCGGGGCCAGGCCCGGGGCCGGCCGGAGCGGGGUGACAUCCGCCACAUCCAAGACAACCUGGCCGUCCCGCAACGCCUGGAGGACCUAUAUGAAGUGUACCUGCGGGAGCUGGAGGAGGGCAGCCUGGAGCGGGCCACCAUCAUGGACCGGGUGGCCUCUAGGGCCCUGCAGGACAGCUCCUUGCCCAGAAUUGCCCCAGCAGGAACCGCGCUGACUCCAGAGUCUGACCCGGAGAGUGUGAAGACGCUGAGCUCUGAGGUCCAGCGCCUGCAGAACAGCAUCCUCCCGCCCCUCAGCACGGAGAGUGAAGCCAACCGCGUGUUCAAAGCCAGUCCCCGGGCCUGGCACGUGAAGAGCUCCUCUGUGCCCACCCCACCCCCCAUCCAGAUCAGCGGCCUGGUGACCCAGGAGGUGCCCCCUGAGGAUGGCCCAGUCAGCCUGAGCAGCCGGAUCAACUCUUCCCCCGACAGCAGUGAGAACCUAUCAGAGAUCCCCUUGUCCUACAAAGAGAAGAAGGAGAUCCUGACGGGCACCAAGUGCAUCUCAGUGAAGGCGGCCAGGCGGCGCUCGCGGGCUCUGGGCGCCGAGGGGCGCCACCUGCUGGCACCUGCGAUGGAGUGCAGCAGCCUGUCUCUGCCCUCGCUGAGUGAGGCCGAUUCGCAGCCCCCGGGCCCUCUGGCCUGCAAGCGGCCACCCAGCCCCACGCUGCAGCACGCUGCCAGUGAGGACAACCUGUCUAGCAGCACAGGCGAGGCCCCAUCCCAGGCAGUCGGGCCUGUCGGCGACGGCCCCGGGCCCUGGAUGCGUGGCCAGAAGAAAAGCCCGGGCAAGAGACGGGAGGAGUCCCUGGAGGCCAAGAAGAGGAAACGGAGGUCCCGGUCCUUUGAGGUCACGGGGCAAGGGCUCUCCCGCCCCAAGACACACCUCCUGGGGCCCCGUCCCACAGAGAGCAUCUUGGACCACAGGGUGCCCGUGUGUGGACACCCAGCACCUGGUAUCCGGCAUCUGGGAAAGGUCACGCUGCCUUUGGCCAAGGUCAAACUCCCUCCAAGCCAGAGCACGGGCCCUGGGGACUCCUCACCCCUCGCCGUUCCCUCCAACCCAGCUGGUAUUUCCCGACGGGCUGCCCGUGGGCCCCGCCUGCCUCAUGGCGCAAGCACCCAUGGCAAAGACGGAUGCUUCCGGCAUACCUGA